GAGAGCAGAGAGCGAUUUAAAUAGUUACUGAAAUUCCAGAGUCAUAUAGCUAACAGGCACCUUAUAUUGUUUCUUUUACAUCGUUCAGCUGACUGCGGUCCUUGCGGGUCCCACCAGACCCCACUGUUGCCAGAGAGCAACUGUUCUUGCUCACCGCCAAGCUACGAAGAGGCAUAAAUAUUCUUGAGCCAUUUGACCACAAUGUGGUCUUAAUGUUAUCUCCCUGGACAAAGGUCAUAUUGCUCUGUUCUGCUGGUUCCCUGGAUGUUUAUAUUUAAGGACUAUGACCACUACUAAAAUCCACUGACCUCGUAUUAAUUUAUUGGCGCCCGGAAAUUACUACAAGGAAUCUAUACACGGAAGCGUGAUCUAAAGACCCGGAUACUGAUGAUCUACGAAGUGGGAUUUUAAAAACAGUUGAGAGGGGAGGGAGAACCACACCCAAUACCAAUGACCCAUUAAAUCACGUCACGUGACUCGUACUUAACGUAGGACGUCGUAUGAUUGAAGGACGGAGGGAGAAGCGGAGGUGUAGAAGGAAGCAGCACAGCUCUGAAGGUGGCUCCCCCGCCGAAGUGACUUAAACGACCAUGGCCUCAGGGGGACCAGGUCGACGCAGGGGGAAAGUGAAAUGGUACAACGUUGUGAAAGGUUAUGGUUUUAUCACACCAGAUGAUGGCGGUGCGGACGUGUUCGUCCAUCAGUCCCGGAUAAAGAAGAACGGGUUUCGUAGUUUAGCAGAUGAAGAAGAGGUCGAAUUUGAAAGCCAGCCAUCAGACAAAGGCGUGGAGGCGACAUACGUGAGCGGACCGGGAGGCUUGGACGUUCGGGGCAGUGAAAGAAGACCCCUCUCCAGGAAGAAAUUUAGAAAAAUUCGAUGCUAUAAUUGUGGUGACUUUGGGAACCACGUGGCGGCAAAGUGCCCACAUGGCCCACUCCCAAAACGUUGCCAUAACUGUAAGGGAACGGAUCAUUUGAUUGCGGACUGUCCACAAAAGAAACAGUCAGAGGGAGAGGACAAUGGAUACCCAUCGUCAUGAUAAACUUGCGAAAAUUUUCCAAAAAAAAUGCGGUGUGUGAAGCUCUCAAGAGAUUUAGUUUCAAUAUGCAAGCAAGAAAAACAAAGAAAUCCAUUAUUACUGUCACUGUCAGUACACUACGACGUUUUGAAGUCCCAAAAACUGGAUUUGAUUUAUGUGUUACAAAAAGUUACAAAAAACGUCCAAACAGUCUGAAAUUGUUGAACAACUCUAGGAAGCGGGAGGAUAUGUUGCAAUACAUUGUUUUUUGUUUUUCGAGCUUAACCCUGCAAAAAAAGGAUACUACUGUUAGCCUCCCUCCCCAUAACGGGUACCUUGAUUGCGUUACGAUUCCGAGGGGAGCGGGUACUGUGCAAUCUGGAACCGUACCUUGUGUGCACAAAAGUAGCGAUUGAUCGCCUCCACGUUACUACCUCAACAAUUUUUUUGUUCAGGGGAACAGCCACGAACAUUUUCUUUAGACAUUUUUUUGUACUUUUUUAAAGGAUUAUGUUUUAUGUAUACUUCAAUUUUAGAUUAAAAAUACUCCCAUGAUUCAUGCUUACGAUGGUAACGAUAAUAUUUUGCUUGAAAGAUGAUUGAUCUGUUCAGUUUCAAAAUAUGGAUUUACGAAGAGGAAGCGAUCGUGAUGUUUACACAUUGAAAGAUAGUGGAGAGUCAAAAACAUUUGCUACCUCAUCAUUUCAGUGGGCAACUGAAUAUCUAUGGACCGACCCUUAGAAGAGCCAAAGCAUUUUCAUAAAAAUUUCGCCAUGUUAAAAAAACGACCAAUCAAAGCGAAUGUGUAUUCAUAAGAAGGCUUUCAGAGAAGCCGCCAGCCAGCCAGCAGACGCUUGUAUUGAUUUUAUAUUUACUUGGAAGAAAGUAGAUAGCAGCCUCGAAGCUAGGCAAAGCGAAAGAGAGAAAGAGAGGUCAUUCAUUCGUUAUACCAAGGCCUGGCCGUCUUGUACUGAAACAUCGUGCACUGGAAAGAUGCGGGGUUGGAUGGAUGGCUCUCUCCGUCGACAACCUAUCAGGGAUUAUUAGAAUUGACCUGGGUCGGGGUCGAUGUACUAAUAUUACUGUUAUCACCGUUUUGUAUUGUCCGGGCACAAUUGCCCUUGUCGAUUCCAUGACCCAAAGAUCAACACGGAAUCAUUUUAUACCACCGACGAAUAGCUGGCAUACUUUUAACAUGAUACGGAUGUAACCCAACGUUCAGGGCGACCGAUGCGCUAUUAAUCGUAGAGUACAAUUAUUAUGAGUAUUAUCUUCACUGUAUUAUCGAUACUACUAUAACAAUAUUAUUUUAGCGUUUUAGUGAAAGUCAGUAUUGCUUUCGGGACAUACAAUUUUGUAUUUUACAGUUUCAGAUUCGACGGUUACUGUUGGCUUUUAUGUAGUCUUAGUUGAGUAUAGGGGUUAUUUUUUUACCUUGGAGACGAGCCAAUUUAUAACGCGCAAAAGGUGGUCAUUCAUUAGAAAAGAGCACUGGUACUAUUAGGCUGCCAAUUAGUUUGUUAUUCAUUGUUAUUUUUGUUAAUUUUGGGAAGUUCAACUAUUGAAAUCAGCCACCAAGUUCCCUGGCAACGAAACCCCUUUUCGUUCGUUCUGACUGCGAGAAAAGAAAGAGAUCGUCCAUUUUGAUGGUUAGUGGUGCUUCUUUGUAUCAUCAUAAAGCUCAGGGAACAUUAUUUAAACAUAUUGCGGAUUGAUGGCAAUGUGGAAAAUGUUGCUAAGUUUCCAUGGUAACGUUACGCUGAAUGUCAAGCCUGGAAAAUUGAAUAUUUUGCGGUUUAGUUGUGAAGUUCAACAACUAACCGCAGAUAUUCACUUUUGUAGAUUCGUGCGCCCUGUCAUUCAGCCGGUACCCUGUGUAUCCUAGGCAAGGACAGUUAGUCACCCGAAAGAUGCGUGCCUAUGAUUCUCAGGGGUAAAGUUUAAUAUAUGUAUGUAUCUUUAUUAUGUAUAAUAAGUGAAUUAUAAGCGGGCCCGUUUGCGCUCACCAGCGAUUCCAGCGUAGUUCAAAUAAGUAAGAUCUUCACUGUACUUGAGAAACUAUUUGCGUUCAGGUUGCUUUCAUUACGACGCAAGGCAGAAGUGUGUGACCGAACAUUCUGGCUGUAAACUAAACCCGCUUUCACAGCGAGUCAAUAUUUAUAGAUAUGACAGAAAAUAAGCAAAACAGCAGGGUGUUCAUUUGCAACGCCAUGCAGCACUCCUUGUUAUUUUUGGUUAAAUUUAUUUGAUUUCGGCUAUUGAGAUAGAGCGGUGUAGAUGAGUUAAUUUCGAGCUUAUUUUUUAAUCAUAUACAAUUUUGUGAGCUACUUGAGAAUUAUAAGUUGUUUUCUUCGAAACGGGUGAUGUCUUCUUUCACCCCAACGCCAUCUUUUGUGCCAUUUUGUAAGGCACUACAUCGUAGGAGGAGCAAAACAGCGAAGGAAAGGGCUAAAUAACGUCAGAAUGGUAUUACAAGUGUAUAUUUGAGUCCUUUAACAAUAAUAAAAAAGUAGUUUUAUAAUA